CGAACUCCUUAACAUAUUCAAGGCAGAGAUGUCGUACGGAUUCCAGAGAGUUUUCUUCUUAUUCUACUGCCUGGCGUACUGCUGGCCAGGACUCGGCGCCGAAAGCAACCUACUCGUGGCCAGGCAAUGGAUUAAGUUGGAAUUCAACUUCCCUGAUGAAGAAACCAAGCAGAUUGCUUUGACCAAAGGGCAUUACGUGCCGGGGAAGUCUACGCCUAUUGACGUAGAUGUUCAGUAUACACAUGACACUCUAUCGCCACGAAUUUUCGUAACGACACCUCGCACCGGCGAAGGUACUCCCGUGACUCUGGGCACAGUGGACGAGAUGGGCAAAAUCUCUGCAUACCCUAACUACUCCUGGCACGAAAAUCAGGGCCAGAACUGCGAAGGACUAACGUCAGUAUUUAGGACUGCUAUAGACGAAUGCAAUAGGCUCUGGGUGAUGGACACAGGCAAGAUCGGCCGCACGGAAUACUGUCCUCCACAGCUGUUGGCUUUCGACCUCCACGAUGACAGCCUCGUCUUCCGGCACCAGUUCAACAAGUCCGUUUAUACUCCACAAUCACUGUUUGUUACUCCAGUGGUAGAUGUAAGACCAGGCGAUUGCGGUGAUACAUAUGUGUACGUCGCUGACGUGCAUGGCCACUCACUGACAGUGGUCGACGUGGCGAGAGAACGCUCUUGGCGCGUCAUUCAUUCUACCUUCUCUCCGGAGCCCUCACGAGAGAAUAUCACCAUUGAAGGUGUGACUAUCAGUUUAUUGGACGGAGUAGUGGGCAUGGCGUUGUCCCCUUGGAGUAGUAAUCGCGAUCGGUCCCUCUACUUCCACGCUAUUUCUUCCACCAAAGAAAACGUCGUCCGCACAUCUGUACUGAAGAAUGAUAGUUUCAUGGCAGAUCCUAACGUUGACCCGAAACUUAUCAGUACAUUCCCGGGUGAGCGAUCAAAUCAAUCAGCAGCGGAAGCAAUGGAUCUGAACGGCAUCAUGUAUUUCGGACUCAUGAACCCGCCAAGUAUUUGGAGCUGGAAUUCUGCCACGGAGUACAAUCAAAGUAAUUUCUACCAAGUCGCCCUAGACAGAGAAACUCUGCAGUUCGCCAGUGGGAUCAAAGUCAUCAACAACCUUGAGGGAGAACAGGAGUUAUGGGUUCUUACAUCAAGCUUGCAAAAGGUCAGGAAUGGAAGUCUAAGCACUAACAGCCCCAACUUCAGAAUUCACACGGAAAAGAUCCCAGUGAUCUUGGCAAAUUCACCGUGUUUGUCUCCCCCAAAGAAUUGGAGCCCUGGUUACCAUGCGAAUUAAUAUAACACCAAACAAUGUAACCCGUGGAACAUACAGAUAUGGACCUCUAUUUAUAUCUCAAGAGAUUCGUGCUUUAAGGGACCACUUUCUUCGUAGUUUCAUAU